AUGCUCUUCUUUCGCGAAAUCUCAUCUCAGAACUGUGACCAACUUCAGAGCAAGCUACAAAAAGCCAAUCGGGACAACUUCAAUCUUCUAAGCAGUCACAUGGGAUCAGCCAUUCCCCUACAAUGUAUCAGGGACAUCACAGAUUUCUUACUUGAAGCCAGUGAAGAAGAUUGGAUGAACAUGGAUGAUGAAUCCCACGUGGCCAAUGCAAAACAAGCUAUUAAAGAAAUCCUCCAACAGAUAGACCUUGUCUUCAAGAAAAACCAUACUGAAUUGGCUUGGGAUGAGGACUCCUUAAGAGGUUUCCAUAUUGGACUGGAUCAGCAGAUUGAGAUGUUGGAAACAUGUGGGAAUGCAGAGAUGGAACGGGUUGCCGCAUCUCCAAGGGAUCAGAAGCUGCAGCUCACCAGGCUGAGAAUAAAAAGAUACUUCCAAAGGCUCAGUGACUUCUUGAAAAAUAAGGAGCAUAGCUUGUGUGCUUGGGAGAUUGUCCAGAUCCAGGUGAAGGAAUGUUUUGAGCUGAUCAAUCGCUUCAUCCAAAGGAUCCCCUUUAAAGGUAUUGCUGGUUUCUGA